UUCAACGCCUUGCUUAGUUUAGUCAGCUCUUAACUCCCCCAAGCUUAACAUGUCUCAAUACAAGUAUUUGUGCGGCUUUGGCUCUCAUUUUUCAAGUGAAGAUGAGCGCUGCCCCAACUCGCUGCCCGUUGGACAAAACUCACCCCAGCAAUGCGCACAUGGACUCUACGCCGAGCAGCUAUCCGGUUCAGCAUUUACAGCGCCACGUACGGAGAAUGUGCGCACUUGGUUAUACAGAAAGUUGCCAAGUGCGGUGCAUAAGCCAUUCCAAGCUCUGAAGACUGCCAAGUAUUUGAGCCACAACUGGGAUGAGCAGCAACCGAAUCCGAAUCAACUGCGCUGGAAGCCUUUUGAUGUGCCCACAACGCAGCAGCAGGUGAACUUUGUGGAGGGUCUGCAUACGGUGUGCGGUGCGGGCGAUGCGAGAACACGUCAUGGCCUGGCCGUGCAUGUGUAUUUGUGUAAUAGCUCCAUGGAUACGGCAGCUUUCUAUAAUAGCGAUGGCGACUUUUUAAUAGUGCCGCAACAGGGUGUUUUGGAUAUAGUUACGGAACUAGGUCGCAUGAGCGUAGCGCCAAAUGAAAUUUGUGUUAUACCGCAGGGCAUCAGAUUUGCUGUGAAGGUGGAAGGACCAAGCAGAGGUUACAUACUUGAGGUGUACGAUGGACACUUUUGCUUGCCUGACCUGGGACCCAUAGGCGCCAAUGGUUUGGCCAAUCCGCGUGACUUUCAAACGCCUGUCGCUUGGUUUGAUGCUGCGGAAGUUAAGAAUUUCCAAGUCAUCUCCAAGUUCCAAGGCAGUCUGUUUGCUGCUCAACAAGAUCACAGCGUCUUCGAUGUAGUUGCCUGGCAUGGCAACUAUGUGCCCUAUAAAUACGAUCUAAGCAAAUUUAUGGUCAUCAAUUCGGUCAGCUUCGAUCAUUGCGAUCCCAGCAUUUUCACAGUGCUCACUUGUCCCAGCCUCAGACCUGGCACUGCCAUAGCCGACUUUGUUAUAUUUCCACCACGCUGGUCUGUGCAGGAGCACACCUUCCGUCCUCCCUAUUAUCAUAGAAACUGCAUGAGCGAGUUUAUGGGCUUGAUUUUGGGUCGCUAUGAGGCCAAGGAGGAUGGUUUUGCUGCAGGUGGCGCCACCUUGCAUUCCAUAAUGACGCCACAUGGUCCGGAUUUCAAAUGUUUCGAAGGCGCUUCCAAGGCACAACUGAAACCGGAACGCGUUGCUGAGGGCACUCAGGCUUUUAUGUUUGAGUCUUCUUUGAGUCUGGCGGUCACCAAGUGGGGCGAGCAGACCUGUCAGAAAUUGGAUGCUGCUUACUACGAAUGCUGGCAGGCGCUUCAAAAUAAGUUUAAGCUGCAUAAUUAAUUUUAUAUAUUGCUUUGGUUUUGGAUACAAUAA